UUAAGCCACCUACAUUGGAUGACUCAAUGUCUCAAUUAGAAAUGUAGUAAUAAUACUACUAUUAAAUACAUUCACCUUGUUAAUAAUAUUCCCCUACCUUCCAAACAACACCUAGUUUUCCACCUUAAUUUAAUCUCUUUUUUUCUCUCUAAAAUUCUUAUCACACAAAGAAUAUUUCUCUCUCCCCAAAUGUCAAGUGAAUCAGUUACUAUUGAGGGUAGUGAUGGGGUUAAUCUUAGGUCAAGAAUCUUUAGACCAACAAGAGAUACCAAAGAUGAAAAUAUGGGUAUUAUUUUGGUUCAUCCAUAUUCAGUUUUGGGUGGUUGCCAAGGUUUAUUAAGAGGAAUUGCAACUGGGUUAGCAAAUGCAGGUUAUUUGGCUGUGACUUUUGAUAUGAGAGGUGUUGGUAGGUCAACUGGUAGCAAAUCUAUUACUGGGUUUUCUGAGAUUAAAGAUGUAAUUACUGUUUGCAAAUGGGUUUGUGAAAAUCUCUCUGUUAAUAGGAUUCUUCUUGUGGGUUCUUCUGCAGGUGCACCAAUAGCUGGUUCAGCUGUGGAUCAGGUUGAGCAAAUAGUAGGUUAUGUGAGUAUAGGAUAUCCCUUUGGAAUGAUGGCUUCAAUCCUCUUCGGAAGACACCACAAGGCUAUAUUGCAGUCUCCAAAGCCAAAGCUUUUUGUGAUGGGAACUCGGGAUGGUUUUACGAGUGUCAAGCAGUUGCAGAACAAGCUACGCUCAGCUGCUGGCCGUGUUGAGACUCAUCUUAUCGAAGGCGCUAGCCAUUUUCAAAUGGAAGGUCCUGACUUUGAUUCUCACACGGUUGAUUUAAUUGUCAGAUUUGCUGAAUCUUUGUAGCACAACUUCUUGAGAGAUUAAAACGCAUUGUGUGUACUACUUGAAGAAUCAAAAGCAGAUGGUGAUGGAUGCAGAAAAUUUAUUUUAAUAGCAUGUUUACAAUGUGGUAUUUCGAUUGUAUUUUUGCAGCUAAUGGAGUAAAAGAUUAGCUUCAUUCAAUCAUU